AUGUCUCAACAACAAACAGAAAAACAACAUUUGGUCUAUUUGAUACUGAAGUUUCUCAGCAGCGAAAUACAAGCAGAGACUUCUAAUGACGAAAGACGCGAAAGUCUGGAAGUUGCUGCCCAAUGUCUCGAAACCGCAUAUGAAGUCUCAUUGACAAAUGCACAAGAUCAGUCCAAAUAUGAUUCAACUGUAGAUCUCGUCACUCUUCUCUCGGAAAAUUUAUCAGCCACACCACAUACCAUAGAUUUCACAUCUUGGCUAGGUGUCGCAGAACAACCAACGGUAACCGUACCAUUGACGGAUGAUAUGCGACAACAGGCGGAUAAAUUAAAAAAUGAGGGAAACGAUUUUGUCAAACAGGAAAAGUACAAGGAAGCUUUAGAAGCUUACAAUGCCGCAAUUCAAAUCGACGGUAAUAAUGCUAUUUAUUAUUGUAAUCGUGCUGCUGCGCAUAAUAAAUUGAACAAUAACGAUCAAGCAUUGGCUGAUUGCUUUCGUUCAAUUGAAAUCGAUCCAAAUUAUAGUAAAGCAUACGGUCGACUUGGUGUUAUAUAUCUUUCAUUAGACAGAGUUCAUGAAGCGCUUGAUGCAUAUAAAAAAGCGCAUGCUUUAGAACCGAAUAGCGAGACUUAUAAACAAUCUAUUCGAAUUUGCGAAGAUCGAUUAAUUGGGGCGCCAGGAGGUGCUGCACCAGGAGCAGCUGGACCUAAUAUGCAAUCGAUGUUUGGCUCAUUAUUAGGUGGUAUGGGUGGUGCUGGUGGACCAGACAUGAUGUCAUUUCUUAAUAAUCCAUCGUUGAUGAACAUGGCAAUGCAAUUUGUGCAAAAUCCUCAAGUGCAGGGACUCAUGGCGAAUUUAGUUACGAAUCUUAAUUCAGAAGAAGGUGGUGAUGUUGGAUUAGAAACACUUUUACAAACAGGUCAACGCAUGGCGAGUGAAAUCUCAGCUAGUAAUCCUGAGCUCCUCGAAUCUUUGCGACGUAAUGUGGCUAAUCAAAAUCAACCUGGUGGUAGUAAUAAUUCCAACGAGUCACCAAAUUCCCAUCAGAAUACAGAUCAAAAUAAACCCGGGUCAUCUUAA